CUGCCCACUCAGCCCACUCAAAUUUUUCAUCGUCUUCUUCGCGAGAACCUUCUGAUAAAAUUCUCAAGAACCCUAAUUUCUUCAGAUCUUCUCACUCAAAUUUCUGAGAAAAUGAAGAUUGUUGGCGCUAAUAUCCAUUUCUAGAAGUUGGAUGCCAAGUGCUCCUCACCAACGUUCUAUCAAUCCUAUCUGGAGAUGAUUGCUGCUCAAGAGCUCUCCGAAUUCCUUCAUAUGGAGAUUCGAUUCAAGUAUGAGAACGAAGUUCUUGAAUUCUACAAGAAUGGAAAGGUCAAGACUGUCAAAUCGAAGAAAGACCCACAGAGGACGAUUCAAGUCAUCAAUUCCACUGUUGAAGGGACCAAAGUGAAGCUUUCGCAGAAGAAUUUGGGAGAAAAGCUUCACCUUCCCAUUUCUAGAGUUGAAAUUGGGAGACUUCCAGCCAAGAAUCUCGAUUGGAAUAUUAUUGGAAUCUCUGGGCAAGCUCCCUCUGGCCCAGCGAAGAAAACUAAGCUGAAUAACGACUACAAGCUAGUCCUUGAACUGGUCAUCGCAUGCCUCGAAUGUGGAAGUGGAGGACAUGCUGAUGACAUCACCCAAGAGAGGGCCUUCAUCAUCAAUGCCCUCAUUACCAAGUCUAAGGUAAAUUGGGCUGCACAUUUCUUCAAUUCCAUCUCAAAGCAUCUGGGAAAACCCAACCAGAAAUACCUUUGUCAAGGUCUGUACAUUGGACAUAUCUUGGAGUCCUUGGGUGCUGCUUCUGAAGGAAAGAAGUAUGAAGCCAGAUAUUGGCUGUACUAUCUGUCUUCCAAAGGGGAAAACAGAGCUGGUGCUAGCACAACUGCAGAAGAAAGUUCUUCAGACAAUGUUCUUAUCAUGAGUCUGAACAAAUCAGUAAAGAGGAAGCAAGUGGUGUCUCCCUCUCCCAGUGCUGAAGCACCACAGAAUCUUGCUCCGAUCAAUAUUGAAGAAGAAGAAGAAGAAUUCUCUGCCCAAGAAGAGCUACAAAGGAAAAAGAAGAGGAAAAUCACCUCUCCCUCAACAUCUGGAUAUGUCAAUCCAGAUGAGUUGAAGGAGAAGGAACCAGCUGAGGAAACCUCUGCCCAGAACCAGAGUCCUCAACAGCUUGAAGAAGAAAUUCCUCAAGUUCAGAAUUCUCCAACUUCCUCACAACCUCAAAUUGAUGACGCUGAUAACCAAUUCUGGCAGCUCUACUAUGAUUGGAGAGCCUGGAAAGUUGGAAAUUUAGCAGAGCAACUGUUGGAUUGGGACCAACAACUGAAAAAUGAGAAGAUUAUCAAAAAAUGCCUAGGACCAGUCAACCAUAGCUGUGAAGAAAUCUUGGAUGACUACUGGGUAUGGAAAAGGAACCAAGAAGACCUGCAUCUGGAACACUUGGAUACCACACCAAUUUCAGAAUUUGAAGUGGAAGAUGAGGAUCAUGCAGUCUACAAACCAGUCCUCUCAAAAACCACAGAAGAUCAGAACCAGGAAGGAUCAAAUGAAGAACUCCAACAACUUCUCCAUUCUCAAUCUUUAGAGAUUCUCACAAAUUCUGGAAAUCGCAAGAUGGAAGUGGUUCUUCAACAACACAGUCCAUCCUUGAUUCAAGAGCUCCCUAUUGCAGUCAAAGAAGGAGAAGUCUCUUACAUUCCUACGCAUCUAAACUUGACUGAUCUAGUCCUUGAAGCUCAGAGAAGUAAUCCGAAAAACUCAACACAGCGUCUAUCCAGCUCGGGAUUGGAUGGAAUAGAGGCUGUAGGAACAAUUGCUGCUCACUUCUCAAAUGAUAACCAAACAGAGGAGAGACGCAACAACAUAAGGCGCAUCAAAGAACUAUGUGGAAACAUGCAAGGCAUCAGGGAGAUUUCCGAAUCUUCAAAGCGCAAGAAGCACUGAAGGCUUUUUUCAUCAAACCAGGGGGAAAAGUAUGUGAAAAAAUUAAUUUGCUUUGAUGAAAACACCUUCUUGUUUAAACAUUGCUUUAUUGGUUUAAACAUUGCCUUAUUUCUCUUAAUUGUGCUUACUAUGCUUGAUUAUACCUAUUUGAAGUAUGAUUUUGAGAUUUAUUCCUAGCACAUACAUUCAGGGGGAAUGUAAUUCAGGGGGAACUUAACCAGUU